AUGGCUAAUAAAGAGAAGAUAGAUUUGUUUGAUAUAAUGGAUGUUGAUUAUAUUCCAGAAAAACCUGACCUGUACGAAGAAAUUUCGGAAAUGCUAAAAAUGAAAUACUUAUCAUAUUCUCCGGAUAAAGAAUUUAAAGAAGUGAACGGAAUUAUAUUUGGACAACAUCGCAGAAUUUUUGUAUCCCUACCAGUCACAAUCAAGAGAGAAACAAAAAAUGUUCACUUUCUUGUUGAUACCAGCUCCCCAACUACGUACAUCUGCAAAGAAGCUUUUGAAUCAUACAAAGUAACAUUAUUGAAUACAUCCUACCAUCCAGUACUGAUAAAUAAUAAUCCUAUUAGUACACUUUUGCCUCCUGUCAACUCUCAUCUCACAGAUAUGAAUAUUCUUGGAACGGAGUAUUUAUCUGCUUGUCAAGCAAAAUUAAUCAUAGAGUUUGAGAAUGAAUAUGUUUCUCUAUCUUUUGGUGUAAUUGGUCAAUAUCAGCCUAAUCCGUUGCAACAUAUUUUAAGAACUUCGGAGUUUAGCGAUUUUAAACAUAUCUGCAAUGAUGUAAAUGACAUAAAAUCGGCUUAUUGUGAACUAAAAGGCAUAAGAGUUAUUUUAAAAAUAGUAGAAGAGAAUAAAGAUUUUUUUAGCCAAAAUAGUAUUGAACGUGUUGUAAAUGAGGCAAUUUUAUUUGAAAAGCUCAAGAUUCAUUGUAAAAUUGGAAGUCAGAAUAACAAUCAUCCGAAUAUUUGCCAAAUCCUAGGAGUUGCUGAAGAAAAUGACACUUUCAUGAUUGUCUUGCAGCAUGCAGACGGUGGGAAUCUGCAAGACUAUUUACAAAGUAAAACAAGUGAUAGUAUUUUUAAAAUUUCGUGGAAUGAGCUUAUCCGAAUAGCAAAAGAAAUUGUUUCUGGACUAGAAUGGUUGCAUUUUAAUGAAGUUGUUCAUUGCGAAUUAGCAGAUUACGAAUUAAUUGUAAUUAAUAGUAAUUCUAAAAAUAUUCUGCUCCAUGAGAAUAAAGCAAUGAUAUAUAAUUUUAGUUUAUCAGCGCAAUUAAGUAAUCGAGACACCAACUCUUUGAAUGAUAAUAGGAAUGUUGAUAAGAGGAAUAAUGUUGAUAUUGAAAAAGUUGAUUUGAAUGUUGAAGAUGUUAGAGAAACUCAAGAGCAAGUUGUAUGGUGUAUGUUAGAUAAAACAAAAGAAUUUUUAGACUUUCCGACUGAAUGCAUUCUUAAAAUUUUUACUGACUUAGAAGACGUAAAAGAUCUGCACAGUUGUUUGUUUGUCAACAAAAUUUUACAUACAAUUGCUGCACAUAUUUUAUGGAAAAACCCGUUUAUCAAUAAUCCGAAAUGGCGGGACUCAAUAAUCCUGGCCUAUUUAAAUGAACUAAACAAAGAAGAACAACAAACACUAUUUCCCCUCAGAAUCAAUUUUCCUUUUGCCAAGUCGCAUUCAAAAUAUGCACCUUGUUUAGAAACACUUGAUCUGCAUUCUUUACAUAUUGCUUGCCUAAAAUGGCUUGCUGGUGCUGGAUAUUUUUGCCAAUGUGGAGAACUACGUAUAGUUCAGGCUGUCGUCUCCGCUAUAGUUCAGAUGAUUAUGCGUACAAAUAAAAACCUUAAAAAUUUGAAGAUAACGGUAGCUGAAGAUGAACCUGAUUGUUCUAAUGUAUCCAUUUUUGCUUCGGGACAACCUGGCAUAUCGAGUUUGCAUUCUUUUAAUCUUUCGCUGAUCAACACUCCUACAAAAAAAAAUGUUUUUCAAUUUCUAAAAACAUUACCUGAUUUAUGUUUUAGUCUUUGUGAAAUUACUUUUGAUUCCACUGAAUUUGAAAUUGAUGAAGAAACUGCGAUGUUAUUAAUUAGACUUAUUAGAGCUCAAAAAACGUUAAAUCAUUUCACUUUGAAAUGUCGCAGUGUUUGUGCUGAAAAGUAUAUUGAGGCUAUGGAAUCUCAAAAGGAUCACUUAAUAUCUCUGACAUUAGAUAGAAUAGAUUUUAGGAAAGUUUCGGCCGAUUCUUUAAAAAUAGUUUCGCAAUGUGAAAAAUUAAAGCAUAUCACGAUUUCUACUUUUCGUGGAAUUACUGAUAAACAUUGUUAUGUUUUAUCUUCUUUAUUGCCGAAUCUAGAGACUCUAUAUAUGUCGGCGAACGACAAAACAAACGACCAUCGUGCUGUAGCUAAUUUGAUCUAUAACUGGCAUUCAAAGUUAGAAACUGAUAUCAAUCCUGAUGCAAUUAGGGUCUUUGCAACAUCAUAA